CAUGGACCCUUCUUCUUCACCUUCCUCGGACAAUAAGACUGUCGUCACAUCAUCACAUCUCUCGGAUAUGGCCACGGCCGGGCAAUCUUCCGGGAAAUAUUACGAAAAUUUGGACGCUGAAGUCGCCGGGAAAAUCCAGCGAAAGGUGGGUCUUAUUUACGACGAGACAAUGUGCAAACACGACACACCUGACGGUGAAGAUCACCCAGAGUGUCCCGAUCGCAUCAGAGUUAUCUGGGAGAAGCUUCAGCUUGCCGGAGUUUCCCAAAGAUGUGUGGUUCUUGGCAGUAGCAAAGCAGAGGAUAAGCAUCUCCAAUUGGUUCACACAAAGGACCAUGUUAAUUUAGUUAAGACUAUUAGCACAAAACAGAAAGAUUACCGGAGAAACAAGAUUGCUUCACAGUUGAAUUCGAUUUAUCUCAACGGAGGUUCAUCUGAAGCCGCAUAUCUUGCUGCUGGAUCUGUUGUAAAGGUGGCAGAGAAAGUUGCAGAAGGAGAGUUAGAUUCUGGCUUUGCUAUUGUCAGGCCCCCUGGGCACCAUGCUGAGACAGAUGAAGCCAUGGGUUUUUGUUUAUUCAACAAUGUUGCUGUUGCUGCUAGUUAUCUACUAAACGAAAGACCGGAUCUAGGUGUCAAGAAAAUUCUGAUUGUUGAUUGGGAUGUCCAUCACGGAAAUGGCACACAGAAGAUGUUCUGGAAAGAUCCUCGUGUACUAUUUUUCUCUGUUCAUAGGCAUGAGUAUGGAAGUUUCUAUCCAUCAGGCGAUGAUGGGGAUUUUAACAUGGUUGGGGAAGGUCCAGGUGAAGGGUUUAACAUAAAUGUUCCAUGGGAUCAAGGACGAUGUGGAGAUGCGGAUUAUCUUGCCGCAUGGGACCAUAUCUUGAUUCCUGUGGCUAGGGAAUUUAACCCCGAUAUUAUAUUGCUCUCAGCUGGAUUUGAUGCAGCCAUUGGUGAUCCGCUCGGGGGUUGUCGCGUAACACCAUAUGGAUAUUCAGUUAUGUUGAAGAAGCUAAUGGAGUUUGCACAUGGAAAGAUUGUGAUGGCCUUAGAGGGAGGGUACAAUCUUGACUCAAUUGCAAAGUCUUCACUUGCAUGUGUCCAAGUUUUGCUUGAAGACAAAGUAAUUCAAGGUUCUUCUGAAGCAUACCCAUUCGAGUCUACAUGGCGUGUCAUACAAGCGGUACGCAAAAGGCUAUGCGCAUAUUGGCCUUCACUUGCAGAUGAACUGUCGUGGAAACUGAUUGAUCAGAAAACUCCUAAUCCAAUUAUCCUUAUCUCAAGCUCUGACUCUGAAAUUGAAGACGAUGACCAUGGACUCGUGGAUCAAAUAUCAAAACUCAGCAUUGAAAACUACCAAGUAGAUACUGCAUCUACAUCUUGGAGAGCUGAUCUCGCAAAGGUUGACGUUUGGUAUGCUUGUUUUGGAUCCAACAUGUGGAAACCGAGGUUUCUUUGCUAUAUUCAAGGGGGACAGGUCGAUGGUAUGAAAAAGGCAUGUGUUGGUUCAAUGGAUAAAAGUCCACCAAAGGAAAUUGUGUGGGAAACAUUUCCACAUAGAUUGUUCUUUGGCCAGGAAUCUACUGCUAGUUGGGGUGUAGGAGGAGUUGCUUUCACCAAUCCUCUUGCUAAUCUUAAUGAUCAAACUCAAAUGUGUUUGUACAGAAUCACGCUUGAGCAGUUCAACGACGUUCUGUGUCAAGAAAAUGGUUUGAAUUUAGAUUCAGAUUCGGCAUCCUUUGAUCUAGCUGCUCUUCAGUCAGUAGAGAAUAAAGGAUCCAUUUUACCUGAGGCUGUUUCGAAUAGCUGGUAUGCAAAUGUUGUCUGGUUGGGGAAAGAAGGCGGCAUUCCUAUACUUACAAUGACUUGCAGGCCUUCUGCUGUUGAGAAGUUCAAAUCCGGUGAGGUCCCUCUAAGACCUCCUGGAAAAGCCUAUGCCAACACCUUGAUAAGGGGACUUGUGGAAGGAGGAAGAUUCUCUGAAGAAGAAGCUGAGGCUUACAUAGACAAUGCUGCGUCUAAACCUCUCUGAUGUAUUAUUUACCCAGAAACCGAACUCUUGAUAACGAUUUGGAGCUUUGGGGUUUCUGAGUUAUUCAAUUAGGAUUUUCUUAUUUUUAAAAACACAGGUUAAGAAAUUGGGAGACUUUUGAGUAUAUGUCUUUUGAAAGAAAGGCUGUGUCCUCUCUUAGCUCCCUAAAGCAAACUCUGUAUGUAUAACUGUAUAAGGUAAAAUGGCUUCGGAUUAGGCUUUACUGUGAAGCUGCUGUAUUCGGUAUAAUAAACCUCCUGUAUGGUUUGUAUCAAAUGCAAAUCAAUAUUGUGAAUUCGGCAUAGUAUUUAAAGAAUUCGUGUUUUCCC